AUGCUGCCUGAUCCUUCUGCCUGUGGAGAGCAGGACUGGGAAAAGAUUUUGGCUUCAAAGAACAGGGAAGAUAUGGAGAUCAUGAAGAAAUGGACUCAAAACCAUAAGGCAAAAGAUUUGUUUUCUAAGUAUGCCGACUGGCCGCAAGAGGAGAAAAGGAAGUCUACAAUACUGGAGCCGGUUACAUUUGAGGACGUGACUGUGGUCUUCACGGAGGCAGAAUGGAAGAGACUGAGUUCUGAGCAGAAGAGCCUCUACAGAGAAGUGAUGCUGGAGAUUUACAGGAAUCUGUUCUCACUGGCAGAAUCGAAGCCAGAAAUCUACCCCAGUUCCUCCUGCCUUCUGGCGUUCCCCUGUCAGCAAUUCCUCAGCCAGCACAUGCUUCAAAUCUUCCCAGGCUUCUGUGCAGACAACCACUUCCAGCCAGGGGAUUCCAGCCCAGGGCAUCAGAAGCAGCCGGAGCAGCAGGAUUGGGAGCCAAGCUGCUGGAGUGAAAACACAGAAGGUCAAGAGACAGAAGAUGUCUCCAAACCCUCGUGUGGGAGCACAGGGGGCAGAGAGCCCUGGGGGACACUCUCCAGCCCUGCCCAAAGUCAGUCAGCAAGCCCUAGAGGAGGCAGCACAGUGGGAGGACUAGAGCCCAGCUCAGCCCCAAGGGGGAACUCUGAGGAAUUACCAACCUCAGGAUUUGGAGCAGUCAGCUAUGGAGAGGAUAGAUCAGACUGUGGGCUGAAACCAAACUUCUUCACAAACCAGAGGUCCCUCUUCCGGGAGAAGCCCUAUGUUUGUAGUGAGUGUAGGCGAGGCUUUAGCCACAAGUCAGAUUUCAUCAGACACCAGAGGACACGCUCAGGUGAGAAGCCUCAUGUUUGCAGUGUGUGUGGCCAAGGUUUUAUCCAGGAAUCAAAUCUCCUUAUGCACCAGGGGACACACUCAAAGGAGAGGCCCUAUGGGUGUAAGACACCUUCCUUGUACCUGGAGUGUGGACAUGGCUUUAGCCAGGAAUCAAGCCUCCUUAUGCAUCAGAGGAUACACUCAGGGGAGAAACCAUAUUUGUGCAAGGAGUGUGGGCGGGGCUUUAACCGGAAAUCACGUCUCCUUAUACACGAAAGGACACACUCUGGGGUGAAGCCAUAUAUAUGUGAAGAGUGUGGGCGAAGCUUUAGUCACAAGUCAACUCUCAAGAGACACCAGAGCACACACUCAGACGAGAAUCCUUACAUGUGUUUGGAGUGUGGCCGAUGCUUUACCCAGAAAUCUGCCCUCCUUAUGCACCAAAGAACACACACCGGGGAGAGGCCUUAUGUUUGCAGUGAGUGUGGCCGAGGCUUUACCCAGAAGUCCGGUCUUCUUUAUCACCAGAAGACACAUUCUAGGGUGAAGCCACAUGUGUGCAAAGAGUGUGGACGAGGCUUUAGCCAGAAAUCAACUCUUGUCAGACACCAGCAGACACACUCAGGUGAGAAACUUUACAUGUGUCUAGAGUGUAGACGAGGUUUUACUGAAGAAUCAAGUCUCCUUAAACACCAGAGGACACACUCAGGGGAAAAGCCAUAUGUGUGCAAGGAGUGUGGACGAGGCUUUAAUUGGAAAUCACAUCUCCUUAUACAUCAGAGGACACACUCAGGAGAGAAGCCAUAUGUGUGUGAAGAGUGUGGGCGAGGCUUCAGCCACAAGUCAACUCUUAUUAGACACCAGAACACACAUUCAGAUGAGAAGUCUUAUGUUUGCAGUGAGUGUGGACAAGGCUUUAACCACAAGUCAUCUCUUACUACACACCAGAACACACACGCAAUUGAGAAACCUUUUGUGUGUCUGGAAUGUGGCUGA